AUGGAAUUGGAACCUUUGCUACGCAUUUACUCCACUGCCUCUAAUUCCCAAAAUAAUCCAGAAGCUCAGCCAAGAAGAUACAACUCUGAUCCUAACAGCCCCUUUCUGGCCGAAGAGAAGUUGGUUCCCUUCUCUGAAAAACCUCUCUGUAGAAAGCCCGUGGCCUCUUCCACCCAGGAAGGAUCUCCUUCAUCGGGAACCAAUCCUACACCACAACCCGAACUUCCUACAAUUGGCAGCCUGGAUCCUGAGGUCCAGAUGCUAAAAUCUCAGGGUCUCUCCGAUCGAGUAAUAUCCACUCUGAAGGACUUUGAACUUCGUCAGUAUGAAGAAACUCUUUGGGUAACAACUUCCCUAAAACAGGACAUUUUUGGCAUCGGGAUGGUGAUUAGUUUCAACCGCCUGUUUAUGUAUAUCAAUGGGAACAAUGCUUACGGGCUGAAGAUGAGUAUGACUGUACCUGUGAUGGUACACGUGCCAUUAAAACCACCCACUGAGAACACUACAAUGUCCUUCUUUGUGAAGUAUCCUGCAAAACCUACAGACCCUGAGGUUUACCUGGAGCCACGUCCGGCAGCUUCUGUAUAUGUCAAGACUUUUGGAGGAUAUGCCCUAAACACUAUGUAUGCUGAGCAAGCUAAAGCCCUAGCAGAGAAGCUGGAGCUCCUUGCUCUGCCGUUUGAUGAUACAUACUUCAUACAUGGUGGCUACGAUGCUCCUUCUCAAAUUUUCAACCGUCAUAAUGAAGUGUGGUACAUGGCAAAGUCCUCUCACCCGAGGGGAUUUCAUCGUUCCUCUGCUCCUCAGCCCUGAAUGUGAUCUCCAUACCAUCUUAUAAUAUCCUACAAGACAUAUUGAGUACCCUUUAACAAACACUAACUUGCAAAAAAUGUUUGCCUCUGAA